AUGCGUUCCAAGUUCAAGGACGAGCACCCUUUCGAGAAGCGCAAGGCAGAAGCCGAACGCAUUCGCCAGAAGUAUGCCGAUCGCAUUCCAGUCAUCUGCGAAAAGGUCGAGAAAUCGGACAUCGCUACUAUCGACAAGAAGAAGUACCUCGUCCCUGCAGAUUUGACCGUCGGCCAAUUCGUCUAUGUCAUUCGCAAGCGCAUCAAGCUCAGCCCCGAAAAGGCCAUCUUCAUCUUCGUCGACGAGGUCCUCCCUCCGACCGCCGCCUUGAUGAGCAGUAUCUACGAGGAACACAAGGAUGAGGAUGGUUUCCUGUACAUCACGUAUGUUGGCACCGAGGUGAACAAGUCGUGA